AUGGAGAGACUUCCAAAUUUUUAUAUUGAGAAGAUUGUGAGUUUUCAUGGUAUUCCGUCGAGUAUUGUUUCAGAUAGAGAUCAAAGUUUCCAUUCUAGUAUUAGAAUGACACCUUUUGAGGCUUUGUAUGGUCGAAGAUGUAGGACUCCUUUAAGUUGGUAUGAAUUUGGAGAGAGUGUUGUGGUUGGACUUGAGAUUGUUCAACAAAAUACUGAUAAGAUUAAGUUAAUUAGAGAGAAAAUAAAGAUUUCUCAGAUUCGUCUAAAGAGUUACCAUGAUAAGAGGAGAAAAGCACUUGAGUUUGAAAAGGAUGAUCAUGUGUUUUUGAGAGUUACUCCAAUUAACGAGAGAGUAGGUGAGGUGGCAUAUCGGAUUGCAUUACCGCCGUCACUUUCUAAUAUUCAUGAUGUGUUUCACGUGUCUAAAUUGAGGAAAUACAUUGCGGAUCCUUCGCAUGUUGUCCAAUUAGAUGAUGUUGAGGUUAGAGAUAAUUUCACCGUGGAGACAUUACCUAUGCGUAUAGAAGAUAGAGAGGUGAAACAAAUCCGAGGCAAGGAAAUCGCUUUGGUGAAGGUCGUUUGGGGAGGACGGUUGGAGGAAAUGUGA